AUAAUCUGGGGGCGGGGGGACCCCGGAAGUAAUUCGUUUCUAUUUCCGGUGGUUACGGUGUAAAAAUGUCUCCCCCCUUGUUCAACUUUGUCGACGUUAAAGAGAAAUUUACGGCUGCUGCCAGACAGGCACUCUGUGGGAAAACCUGCAAACAUUUAAUCACUGUGUUCAACCAGAUCUCUGGAAAUGAGACAGAAAAGAAGACCACACUUGACCAGGCCCUCCGGGGUGCUCUUGGUGAUCAGAUUGUUGAGCAGAAAACGAGCUGUGACGAAUACUUGUCUCUCAUCUACCUGAGUAUUGAUGCUGUUACUGAGGGAAUCUGCUCCGCCACAACCCCUUUUGUCCUGCUGGGAGAUGUGCUGGACUGCCUUCCUCUUGACAUGUGUGACAAAAUAUUUUGUUUUGUUGAGGAAAAUGUCUCUACCUGGAAAUCGAGCUCCUUUUACAGCGCGGGAAAGAAUUACCUGUUGAGAAUGUGUAACGAUCUUCUGAGGAGGCUGUCCAAAUCCCAGAACACAGUGUUCUGUGGACGAAUCCAGCUUUUCCUGGCACGACUCUUCCCUCUGUCUGAAAAGUCAGGUCUGAAUCUUCAGAGCCAGUUUAAUCUGGACAAUGUAACAGUGUUCAACAAGAAUGAGCAGGACAGCACUCUUGGCCAAAAGCAAACGGAUGAAAAGGAGGACAGCAUGGAGGUGGAGGAAGGGGAAAUGGGGGAGGAUGAUGCACCUGCCCCCUGUUCAAUCCCAAUUGAUUAUAACCUAUACAGAAAAUUCUGGACGUUGCAAGACUACUUUAGGAAUCCGCUGCAGUGCUAUGAUAAAUUCUCAUGGAUGACAUUCCUGAAGUAUUCAGAUGAGACCCUUGCAGUUUUCAAAAGCUUCAAGCUGGAUGACAUGCAGGCAUCUAAGAGGAAGAUGAAGGACCUCAGAGCAUCUGAUGGGGAGCAUGUUUACUUUGCUAAGUUCCUUACAAGUGAGAAGCUAAUGGACCUGCAGCUUAGCGACAGCAACUUCAGGCGGCAUAUACUGCUGCAAUACUUGAUCCUCUUCCAGUAUCUGAAGGGCCAGGUUAAGUUUAAAAGCUCCAGCUGUGUUCUGAAUGAUGACCAGAGUGCUUGGAUUGAGGAGACAACUAAGCUAGUUUAUCAGCUGCUGAGAGAAACGCCUCCUGAUGGAGAUAAGUUUGCCACCAUGGUGGAGCAUAUCCUGAACACUGAGGAAAACUGGAACGCUUGGAAGAACGAGGGCUGCCCAAGUUUUGUGAAAGAAAGAUCAGUUGAUGACAAACCCAAAAGACCCACCAGGAAAAGACAAGCGCCGGAGGAUUUCCUUGGAAAAGGGCCAGACCGCAAGAUUUUCAUGGGAAACGAUGAGUUGACUCGACUGUGGAACCUGAACCACGACAACAUGGAGGCCUGCAAAUCUGAAAGCAGAGAGUUUAUGCCAUCACUGGACGAGUUCUUUGCUGAAGCCAUCGAGCAGGCUGAUCCAGUCAACAUGAUAGAGGAAGAAUACAAGGUUGUGCGUAACCCAAACUACGGUUGGCGAGCUUUGAGGCUGCUGUCCAGGAGGAGUCCACACUUCUUUCAGCCAACUAACCAGAAGUUUAAAAGCCUGGCAGACUACCUAGACAGCAUGGUCAGCAAACUGGCCAAAGAGCUGCCGAAGGAUAUCCCUUCAGAAGAAAUAAAGACCGGAGAAGAGGAUGAUGACGAUAAUGGAGACAAUCUUCUUAAAGAAAGCAAUGAUAGUCCGAGCAUCCAAAGUAAGACUGUAACGGGCCAGCAGAUGGACGAACUUGCAGUCAAACUGGGAGCUAAGUGGAAGACGCUGGCUUCUCAUUUGGAUAUGAAGGCAGCAGAGAUGCGGGAAAUCGAGACGGACAGUGAAGACGUGGAGAUGCAGGCCAAGCUGCUGUUGGUCGCCUGGCAGGACAGGGAGGGACAACAGGCUACAGUGGAGAACCUGGUGACGGCUCUUAAUGCCUCAGGUUUCUCCCAGAUUGCAGACAGUCUCAGUGAAUCGUAAAAUAUGUUUAAUCUCUAACAUUACGGCAGAGCAACUUCUGUUUUUCGUAUGUGCUAUAGUUUCAAAACUUUUCACUGUAGAAAUUUAAUAAACUCUUUUUCAAAA